GAAAAGAUCGUUCAUGCCUGGUGCCUACAAGUGUGUAAAAUUUGAUUCAUUAAUGGUUUUGUGCAAAAUUUUGCGAUAUGAUUAUUGUGCGUGUUGGAAGUGUGAGCAGUUUCGGGGGAGCCUUGUUCCAUCUUGAAUGACAAUCAAACAUGGAAAUUAUAAAGCUCAAGGAGCGUUAGUGAGCGCUGCGUUCCGACCGUCGAGGGCCGCCGCGCUAGGAAACAGUUCAGUGCCAACCAGUGCGUAUUGUACAUCCAAAGCGGCAACUCCACUGCAGCGGCAGCACGGCGCGUUCCACGGGGCUGCCGCCCCAAACAGCGGGACUCUAUUCUUCUCUACCGUGAAAUAAGUCGUUUGCUGGCGCGGCCCCGCUCGGACUGACGUGGCGAUAUGGACUGAUGUGGAAAUGUCAGUUGCCUGAGCAAAGAGGAAGACUUAUGAGAGAUUUAUGAGAAGGUGGAGUUUAUUUGGAACACUCGACGCACGCGGCUGACCGUCCUCCCGCGCCAACGGCUGCUCGGCGCGUUCGGGUCGUCGACAGGGGCGCACCAUGGCGGACGACUUCGGCGACGAGCACUUCGUGGUGGACGAGGUGACGUCCCUCGUCAACGAGGCCAUCGACGGCAUUCUCAGCGCCGCCAGCUACGACCACCGCCUCAUCAAUAAGUGGACGUCGUCGGUCAGCGAGGAGGUCAUCAGCGCGCUGGCCAAGUUACAGAAGCCUUUCAAGUACGCUGUGGUGUGCACCAUCCUGCAGCGCAACGGCUCGGGCUACCAGACGGCGAGCGCGUGCUUCUGGGACAAGCAGACGGACGCGAGCGCUAGCGUGCAGUGGCAGAACAGCACCAUAGUGGUGCUCGUCACCGUCUACGGCCUGGCUGUCUGAGCCCCCUCCCCCCCCGCGGGCAUCCUGUAACGCAUUGGCUCUUUGAUAUGACCAUUUUAUCUUAUUUAUAAACUCUAUCCGUGGGAGCUUGUACUUUCUAAUUUAAUAAAAUUCCCGAUAUCUUGUU